AUGCUAGUGCCUGUGUGCUUGAUUGAGAAUACAGAGGGGGGACUGCGGACGAUGAAAUCAGCCCUGGACAUCCUAAGGGGGAUCCAGCAGCCUGUGGUGGUGGUGGCUGUGGUGGGGUUGUACCGCACUGGCAAGUCUUACCUUAUGAAUCAGCUAGCUGGGCAACAGUCAGGCUUUGCUCUGGGCAGCACCAUUGAGUCUAAGACCAAAGGCAUCUGGAUGUGGUGUGUGCCUCACCCCUCUGAAACAGGACAUACGUUGUUGCUGCUAGACACUGAAGGACUGGGUGAUGUAGACAAGGGCAACUCGAAGAACGAUUCCUGGAUCUUCUGUCUGGCCGUGCUGCUCAGUAGCACCCUGGUGUACAACAGCAGAGGCACCAUCGACAACCAGGCUCUAGAGAAACUCCACUAUGUGGCUGAACUGACCGAUCACAUCCAGAUAAAGUCACCGGGCGCCCGUGAUGAGGAUGGUGAUGAGGAGGACAGUAUGUUCGUCCGCCUCUUCCCUGACUUCAUCUGGGCCGUUCGGGACUUCACUCUGGAGAGGAAGAUCGAUGGUCGUGAUGUGAGCGAGGACGAGUACCUAGACUUUGCCCUGCAGCUGAAGAAAGGUCAGUCUACUAAAAUAUUAACGUACAACCAACCGAGACAGUGCAUCCGGAACUACUUCCCAGCCCGGAAGUGCUUCACCUUCCCAUUCCCAACGUUGACGUGCAACAUGGCGCACUUAGACUCCAUGGAUGAGGCCGACCUUUGCCCAGACUUCCUGAGUGUCGCUAAACGCUUCUGCAGUUACGUCUUUUCAGAGAGCCGCGUGAAGACGGUACAGGGUGGCCACAAGGUCAACGGCAGUGGGUUCAGCAAUCUUGUGAAGAUCUACGUUGACACCAUCAACAGUGGCAGCAUUCCCUGUCUGGAGAAUGCUGUGGUUGCCUUGGCAGAGAUCGAAAACCAGUCGGCCGUGAAUGCAGGCCUCCAGCUCUAUGAGCAGGGCAUGGGGGAUUUGAGUAAGACCUUUCCCACGGAUCUUGGAACUGUCUCAGCAGAACACAACCGCCUCGACGCCAUGGCAACGCAGGAAUUCCUCAAACGUUCCUUCAAGGAUGAGAAGGGGAAAUACACGAUACAGCUGGCGGAAAAGGUGGCUAAGCUCUAUAAGCAGCUGCUCACGCUGAACAUGUUGGCCUCGGAGAAGCUGUGUCGGAAGCUUCUCUUGGAUCUGUACGCACCAAUGGCCGCCAACAUUCAGCAGGGCAGCUAUGCCAAGGCAGGCGGGUAUGAGAUUUUCUGCCGUGACCGAGACACCAUGGUGGCCAAGUACUGCCAAUAUGGCCAGAAGGGCAUGAAG